GAAUCCUACACCACACAGCAAGCCCAGGUGUUUGAGCAAGAGUCCAUGGUGUCUUCACAACUACAGUCCACAGCCAAGCCAGCCUCACCUUUGGGUCAGAAAUCCCUCCAAACUGAUGGAUCCCCAGCAGUGGGGAACCAGGCUUGGGGUCCACCCAGGGCCGUGGAACUAAUCCGAGAGCCAGGGAAGAGUCUAGGAAUCAGUAUUGUGGGUGGCCGAGUGGACAUGUUCAAUGUCUCCCAGGAACACUGCAAUGCUGGGAUCUUUAUCAAACAUGUUCUUCCAGACAGUCCUGCUGGUCGCAAUGGAACCCUAAAGAAAGGGGACCGCAUUCUGGAGGUAAACGGCAUAGAUGUGAGCAAUGCCACCCAUGAUGAGGCAGUUGAAGUCAUUCGCAACGCGUCCAGUCCAAUCUUGUUUGUUGUGCAGAGUCUUUCAUUCUCCUCGAGUCCUGGUGACCUGGAAUCCUCCCAGCUGAAACCAACCAAGACACUGGAAGACCCGAUCCUCCUCUCCCAGAGCUCCAUGGCAUCUUCUCUAGGCAGCACACCACAACAGAGUUUUGAGCAGAUGGAUGCCAGAUUGACAGGCGAGUCCUUCAGUGACAGUGAGGAUGAAGACGAGUUUGGAUAUACAAGGAGACGAAUCCAGAGGAAGUACGCUGACCUUCCUGGGAUUGUGCAGCUGGUGGAUCUGAGCCGGGGCAGUGCUGGCAUGGGGCUGGGACUCGCAGGCAACAAGGACCGCAGCAAGAUGAGCGUAUUUGUGGCCGGCAUCCAGCCAGACAGUCCAGCACAACGAGAUGGCAGGAUCCAGAUCGGAGAUGAGCUGCUGGAGGUAAAUGGCAUCAACCUGUUUGGCCUUAGUCACCUGAACGCUUCUGCUGUCAUCAAAAGUGUCACCACUCCAGUUGUCAAGCUGGUCACACACAGACGAGCUGACUUCCUGGAACACAUGGCUGUGAAACCACUGAUCUACGGGGGCACUGCCCAGUUCGAUGCUAGUUCCGGCCCAGCAGUCUCAACAAAAGUAUCUGCAGACACCGACACAGCAUCUUCCAGUGGUCAGGAGACUUCUAUCACAUCCCAUUCUCCUUCGAAUGCUGCUGCUGUUGUUGCUCCUCCUUCACCAUCACAGACACUCCCACUAACAGCCGUGGAUACCAUUCAAGUCAUUGUUAUUGAAAAGCAGACAUCACAGAGUCUGGGAUUUGGCAUCCAUGAGGACACACAUAGUGGCAGACAUGGCAUCUAUGUGAAGAGUAUCACUCCUGGAGGUGCUGCAGAGAAGGACCAGCAGCUGGAGGUGGGAGAUGAACUCUUGGAGGCUGGGGACAUCUCUCUGGCUGGACUCCACUAUGACAAGGCAAUAGAUAUUCUGCGGGCAGCACAAGGUUCUGUACGUCUGAAGGUUCGGAAGGUCAACCAGACAAACAGUCUCAUCGCUAGCAGCACUGGCAGCACCGACUUGAAGUUGCAGUUACUGGACAUGCCAGGAGAAUCGACCACAGAUCCAGCAGAGUGGCCAGAGGAGUCCGGAGACCCGGCCACCUGCCCUAUUGUUGUAGGCAAACGCACCUACAUUGAAAUUGAGAAGGGCAAGACGGGUCUGGGAUUGAGUAUUGUUGGUGGUUCUGAUACGCUGUUGGGUGCUAUCAUUAUCCAUGAAGUGUAUGAAGAUGGAGCAGCAGCCAGAGAUGGCAGACUGUGGGCUGGGGAUCAGAUACUAGAGGUGAAUGGGGAAGACCUGACAGAUGCCACACACAACCGCGCCCUCCAAGUUCUCCGACAGACUCCGGCGGUGGUAAAGAUGGCUGUCUACAGAGACGAGAGCCAGGUUCAUGAGGAAGACAUUCUGGAUGUGUUCACUGUGGAACUGGUGAAGAGACCUGGAAAAGGACUUGGACUCAGCAUUGUGGGCAAGAAGAGCGAUGUUGGCAUUUAUAUCUCAGACAUUGUGAAAGGUGGAGUGGCGGAGGCUGAUGGGCGUCUUAUGCAAGGGGAUCAAAUCCUGGCUGUGAAUGGAGAAGAUAUGAGAACUGCCACACAGGAAUAUGCUGCCGCUGUUCUCAAGACAUUGAUGGGAAAAGUGAACUUGACUGUGGGAAGACUCAAGGCUGGAUCUAAAGCUUCCUCUCGAAAAAAUUCCAAUCCCGGAGCUUCCCUGAAAAAAAGUGAUUCCUCUGCCAGCAACAAAUCAAAAGGAAAACAUUCUAAAA